AUGGAGGCUCUUGAUUCUGUCGAUGACCUAUGGGGUUUCUUAUCUGACAUUGGUGAGGAUGAUUAUGACAAAUCUAGGAAAGCCUUUCCUUCAGUGGACCUGGAUGAUACCAACCAUUCAUUUUCUGAGUUUGCAGUAGAGGAUCUUGAAUGGCUAUCCAACAAAGAUGCGUUUCCAGCUGUUGAAACAUUUGUUGACUUUUCCUGUAUUCAACCAGAUAUUUCGCAGAAUCAAAAGAUAGCACCAAUUGUCGAGAACAGCACAAGCAGUAGCAACAGCAAUAACAGUUCCAACAGCAUUACACUCUUAAGUGGCUACAAUCACGUAAAGUUCCCUGUCCGUGCACGGAGCAAGUCUCGUAGUAAGCCUCGCCUUGGCAUUUCUGAUACCUGGAACCAUCAAUUCGCGUGGAAACAACCUAAUAACAAAACUUCCAAAGAACAAGAAUCGAAGAAAACCUCAACCAUUGGGAGGAAAUGUCAUCAUUGUGGAGCUGAUAAUACUCCGCAAUGGCGUGUAGGUCCAGAUGGUCCAAAAACACUUUGUAAUGCAUGUGGGGUUAGGUAUAGGUCUGGCCGACUUGUACCUGAAUACCGCCCUGCAAAUAGCCCAACUUUUUGCAGCAACGUGCAUUCUAAUUCCCACAGAAAAGUAGUGGAAAUAAGGAAGCAGAAGAGAAUAAGAAUAGGAUGA